CAUGCCAAGCAAGCCUUAGCUCUCUUGCUGCAAAUGACCAUUGUUGGUUUUUCUUUCACCAUCCAUUGGUUGCUUCAAAAUGGCAUUAUUAGAAUUCCCAUUUUUUUUCAUUUGAGGCUCACUUCUUGCUGGUUCUUUUGAGUUGGUUUCAGGCACGAUGUCAUUUUUUUUGUUCUUGUAGAUGAAGUACAAUAUCAUCUGAACUAAUCCAAGAAGGAAUAUUUGAUGUCUGAAUAUACAAGCAGACACCAAAGAGAAAAUUAAGGGUUUGUAUUUUAGUGCUUGAAAAUUGGUCUAAUAAUAAGUUUUUGUUGGUAAUUAGCUAGCGAAAACGGUUUUGAAGGAGCGAAGUCAGAGGAACACGCAAAGGAGAGCGUUGAAGAACCAGUUGUUGAGGAUGAGAAAGCAGAGUCCGCUGCUCUUCGUCCAUCUGAGGGGGUUCCUGAAACAACAGGUAAAGAAGAACCCGCUGCAGAUGGUCAUGACGCUGUUAAUACCCAACGGGCUUCUGUUGAGGAUUUGAAUACAGAUGAUGCUGAGAAGAAAGAGGAAUCGGAGAAACAUUCUGAGGAGGACGAGGAUCCUGCGUCUGACACUCAAACUACCUCACGCAAAAUGGAGGUUCCCAAUGAUAAGGGUGGAGAAACUAUUCGUUACCUGCAGUAUAAUUCUGGGGCAAAAAUUCAAAUCACAAGGGAUGCUGAUGCUAAUCCUCAAUCCACAACAAGGCCAGUAGAAAUAAUAGGGACUUUAAGUAAUAUAAAGAAGGCUGAGAAGCUCAUUAAUGCUGUCAUAGCAGAGGCUGAUGCUGGUGGUUCCCCCUCCCCUGUAGCUAGGGGCCUACCUAGUGCACAGACCAGUGGAGUGGGAGAACAACUUGAGAUGCAAGUUCCAAAUGAGAAGGUUGGUCUGAUCAUAAGCAGAGGUGGGGACGCCAUUAAAGCUCUCCGAGCCAAAUCGGGAGCGCGCAUUCAGGUAUUGAUACCUCAACAUCUUCCAGAAGGGGAUGGUGCCAAAGAAAGGACAGUGAGAGUGACUGGUGAUAGAAAGCAAAUUGAGAUGGCUAGAGAAAUGAUAAAGGAUGUUACGAAUCAGCACCUUUUUCUCUAUUUGAAGGAAGGUUGUGUCAUAGUUUUUUGUGGGAAUGAGAGCUAUUUACUUGAUACGUGGGAAGUUGUGGUAUUGAUGAAUGAUUCAUUCCAAGGUCACUUGAAUGCUCUUAGGAAGAUCAUAUAUGCAAUCCAAGAGGUCGGUUGCCACGAUUUAUUUAUGAUGAAGGUGCCGAUUUCGAAUUGGUUGACUUUAAAAAUGCAGAUUUGGCUUUUGCCUUUCCCAUGGGGCCAGCAUUGCUUUCUCGGUGUAGGAAUAGACAACCACCAUUCACUUUCAUCCACUGAAGAGGGAUAUCAGGCAUUAAAUCUCGCAAUUGCUGGAUGUUAAUAGUUGGUAAGAUUGCUUUGAGACUUGAAAGUUAAAAAUCAUUCAGUGAGACUGUAUUGUAUUAACCUUAGUGCUCUUUAGUGCCCCUUCUAUGAAUGAGACAUUUGUUGGAAGAAGUAUAAUUCGCGGUGAAGUCAUUGUGUAUGAAGUCAUUUUCAGAUUGAUACAUAUAUUAGUUCAUAUCUAUUGCUGUGCUGAACAUAUGAAGAAUGUGGUACAUCUUCUAUGACAUGUAUUGGGCUGCUGCAAAGUUGCAAUAAAGGCUCAAUUACCGAGU